UCACGAUUUGGGAGAAAGAACUAAAAACAUCAAAAAAAAAGAAAGAGAAAGAAGAUGGAGAAACAGUUACAUGAAACCAUGGAGGCUACUUACAUAGAACGAGGCAUCGGAACACAAGAUUCAUCGCCGGAAAAAGAGAAGGAAAAAUCCCAUAAGCAUAGAGGAUUAUUCCACCUCCACCAUCACUCAAAAGAUGAGAAAGAUGAAGAGAAAAAGAAAGGAUCAAAGAGAGAGAAGAUAGCUGCAGCAAUGGUUGGUCUUGGAGCCACUCUUAAGAAGAUUAAGCAUCCGCGCCAACAUGGAAGCGGUGGUAAAGAGGAAGAAGGAGGAGGAGGAGGAGGAGGAGGAGGAGAAGAGGAGGGAGAAGAAGAAGAGGAGUCUUCAUCGGAGGAGGAAGAAGAAGAAGGAGGUGAUGGUGGGGAUGAAGAAGAGGGAGGAGGCAAGUUUAGUGCUUUCAUUUCAAUGAUCGCCGAAGUCUUUGAAGAAUGAUAAUUUAAUUUGUGAUCACUUUGUUAUCAGUUUUUUUUUUCAAAUUUGCUAUCAAAUUAUAGCAUUUGUAAUGUUUCAUAUGGGAUGUUGAACUGAAUAAUAAUUUUAUGAUGAA